AUGAGUCAUACUACCUUUCAAGGGCCACUUCGCGGCGAAUACGUGAUCGCCGGCGCGCACGCGUCCACUGGGGGGGCGAUCCACUUCAAUUUUGGCGCUGAUGCCCCGCCGCGAUCUAUCCGACCCUUCUCGACCGUCCCCUUUCCACCGGAUCCCAAGUUUGUUGAGCGGACGGACAUCUUACUCUGGCUGCGAGAUCAAACGGCGCUGCCGGGCAGCCGGGCAGCGCUCGUCGGGCUCGGCGGCAUCGGGAAAUCACAGGUCGCGAUCCAUUACGCGCACGAAGUCCGACGGGCGUCACCAGAUACCUGGGUUUUCUGGGUGCAUGCGAGCUCCAGAGCCCGUUUCGAAGAGGCAUACCGAAACAUCGCCGAUAAACUGCAGCUUCCCGGACGAGAUGAUCCACAGCGCAACGUGCUCCAGCUGGUGCAUGCCUGGCUGUGCGACGAAGAAAACGGACCAUGGAUGAUGGUGCUCGACAACGCCGAUUCCGUUGAGGUGUUCUUUCCGAGCUGGGGCGCUCAUGGCUCACGCGACCAGCCGCUGGCGUCAUUCCUACCAAAGACCGGCUGCGGAUCGAUCAUCAUCACAUCCCGCAACACGGAUGCGGCAGAGAGGCUGGCCGGUCUGGAUGCCACCUACAACGUGCCGACGAUGGAGAAAAGCCAAGCCCUGCAGCUUCUCCAGAUCAGGCUCGGGGAGGAUGGGGCCGAGGACAAUGUGGCAAUGUCAGAUCUAGUUGAUGUUCUAAACUACAUGCCGCUUGCAAUAACCCAGGCGGCCGCCUUCAUCAACCGCCGGGCACCGCGAAUGUCAAUAUCCAAAUACCUAGACGAGUUCCGGAGGAGCGAUAAGAAGAGAGCAAACCUCCUCAACAGAGAUGCAGGUGACCUCCGUCGGGACGAGUCCGCCUCCAAUUCGAUCGUGACCACGUGGCAGAUCACUUUCGACCAGAUCCGUCACGAGAGACCAUCAGCUGCCAACCUACUCUCCUUCAUGAGCUUCUUCAAUUCGCAAGGAAUUCCCGAGUCUGUGCUCCGAGCUUACAUACAAGACCAGCUGGAAGGCGGCGAAGAUGAUUUUGAGGAGGACCUUGAGACCCUUCGCGGGUACUCAUUGGUGGCGGUGACAGCCGAUAAUGAAUCGUUCGAGAUGCAUGCCUUGGUGCAAUUUUGCACACGGCUGUGGCUGUCGUCUGAUAAGAUACAGCGGUGGAAGAGGGCGUUUUUGCGGGCGGUGGCGGACCAGUAUCCGACGGGGAAUUAUGAGAACUGGGUGAAGUGUCAGAGUUUGGAUCCUCAUAUCGAAGGGAUUAUUCAAGAAAAGCCAGAUGAUAGCAGAGACGUUUUAUGGUGGGCUAUGCUGCUUACGAAUAUAGGACGGUAUCGGCAAAUGAGGGGGAGAUACGAAGAGGCAGAGCAGAUGAACCGACGAGCUCUCGAGGGGAGGGAGAAGGUGCUGGGUAGAGAGCAUCCAGACACGCUCACGAGCAUCCACAAUCUUGGGUGGGUGUUGCGAUCCCAGGGAAAGUACGAAGAGGCAGAGCAGAUGAACCGACGAGCUCUCGAGGGGUGUGAGAAGGUGCUCGGUAGAGAGCAUCCACACACGCUCACGAGCGUCAGCAAUCUUGCAUCGGUGCUGCAAGACCAGGGAAAGUACAAAGAGGCAGAGCAGAUGCACCGACGAGCUCUUGAGGCGAGGGAGAAGGUGCUGGGUAGAGAGCAUCCAGACACGCUCACGAGCAUCCACAAUCUUGGGUGGGUGUUGCGAUCCCAGGGAAAGUACGAAGAGGCAGAGCAGAUGAACCGACGAGCUCUCGAGGGGCAUGAGAAGGGAAAGUACGAGGAGGCAGAGCAGAUGAACCGACGAGCUCUCGAGGGGUGUGAGAAGGUGCUCGGUAGAGAGCAUCCACACACGCUCACGAGCAUCUACAAUCUCGCUUACCUCCUCCACAGACAAGCCUGCUUCUCCGACGCUGGGCUCAUCGAGGUGCCGCUGGUCGUCCACCGCGCAGGCACUCGGUCCGCCAACAGUGCCAACCUCGACAACCAGAUCGCCACAUACCUCAACAUCUACUCCGACUCACAUGUCGGCACCAUCGUGGUCGCUGGGUCGCACGAUUGGCUCGAGGACAAGAAAAUACACCUUUUCAUUAAAAUCCUCCAGGUCACGCGUGGCCUGUCGAGAUACGGCGAAUCCUGCCCCGAGCUCACGCCGCGGAGCCGAGAUGCGAUGGGAACUCCACUCCUGGCCCAUCGCUGCUACUCAAGCGAGCGCUACCACGACUCCCUCCAGAAGAGGCCUGCGGGAUUCGGGAAGACAAUCCUCUGCGCCCGCGUCGUCAAACAUCUCUCGUCCAUCCCCGAGACGCUGUCGCCUAUUCUUAUUCUGACAUUCUACAUCGCCUUCGACACCUCCAUCUUCCCCGGCGAACGGCAUUGA